AUGAUGGGAUUCUUCGAACAGCUACGCAAAGACGAGGGCGAAACGCUGCCAAUUGGUGCUGCUGGCUUUUGCUGGGGAGGUUUCACGGGACAUCCCAGUUUGUUAGCUCUCCCUCAAGAUAUUGAGAAGAUAAUCUUGCCAGUGUCGUUUGCCAUUGGAGACAAAGACAACGCUAUAUCCAUGAAACAAGCUGGGACUAUUGCAAGUAUUCUCGAGGCAAAGCAGGGGCAUGCAAAGGGCGAGGUUAAGAUUUACGAGAAUGCGGGACACGGCUUUUGUGCCCGUGCGGACAUUAAGUUCAAAGACGUGGAGAAGCAGGCUACCGACGCAGAAGACCAAUGCAUUUCAUGGUUUAACCAGCAUCUGAAGAUUAAAGGUUGA